UGUCGCUAUCUUUCCGUGCUGUGGCAACAAGAGCUGGCGAAUGGAUGUGACCAAUUGUUUUCUAUUGUACUCUGAAAACCCGAGACAUUUAACCUUGGCUUGAUUUCUUUCAUUUUUUUGAAAAAUAGAUAUCUGUAGGCAGUGAUUAGUGGUUGAGUGUUUCUGCCUGUGCGCGCUGCCCGGUGGCUCUGCAUAUCUCGCAGCUGGACAGAGAUGAGUAGUCCCGAUGCGGGGUACGCCAGCGACGAUCAGACCCAGGCAAGGUGUACGAUGUCAGUCAUGAUGCCUGGUAUGGGACACUGCCAGUGGGCCGACCCUCUCAGUCCUCUUGGGGACACCAAAGUCAAAAGCGAGCCCUGUGCGUCCGGCUCCGGCAACCAGAAUCGCGGGAAGAGCGAGCCCCGGAUCCGACGGCCCAUGAACGCGUUUAUGGUCUGGGCAAAGGAUGAGCGCAAAAGACUGGCACAGCAAAACCCAGACCUGCACAACGCGGAGCUGAGCAAAAUGUUGGGGAAAUCGUGGAAAGCCCUUCCUGUAACAGAGAAGCGGCCCUUUGUGGAGGAGGCUGAGCGGCUGCGGGUUCAGCACAUGCAGGAUCACCCCAACUACAAGUACCGGCCCCGGCGGAGGAAGCAGGUGAAGAGGAUUAAGAGGCUCGACUCUGGCUUUCUGGUCCAUGGUGUGUCCGACCACCAGGCCUCGUCGAUGGCCGGGGAUGGCAGGGUGUGCAUGGAGAGCCUGGGCCUGGGCUACCAUGAGCACGGCUUCCAGCUGCCCCCGCAAUCCCUCAGCCAUUACCGUGAUGCCCAGGCUCAUGGAGGCCCCUCAUAUGAAACCUACAGCCUCCCCACCCCUGAUACCUCCCCGCUGGACGCCGUGGAGUCAGACUCCAUGUUCUUCCCUCCACAUUCGCAGGAGGACUGCCACAUGAUGCCUGCGUACUCUUACCACUCCCAGGCGGCAGAGUACGCGCCCCAGGAACCCCAUUCCACCCAUCACAGCAACCCCGUCCUGCACAGACACCUAACCUCGGCCCCAGAGCAGGCUCCUCCAUCUGCCGCGGCCCUGCCCCCCUCCUACAUGGGAUGUCCCAACCCUCUGGCCAUGUAUUACACCCAGCACUGCAACCCCAGUCAUCCCAAACGGCACGGCAGCCACGGUGCAGGACAGCUCUCCCCUCCGCCUGACUCUCACCCCCAUCCUGCAGACAGCGUGGAGCAGAUGCACCACUCCGAGCUGCUGGCUGAGGUGGACCGCAGUGAGUUUGAGCAGUAUUUGAGUUCAUCCUCGGCGCGUGUGGACAUGACAGGCCUGCCGUACGGGCCGCACGAGGCCAGCAUGCAAGGACCUGAGAGCCUCAUAUCAUCAGUGCUGUCAGACGCCAGCACGGCUGUAUAUUACUGUAACUACAACAACUCCUAACCUCGUCCCAGCCUGCUGCCCUGCUGCCUCUGCAGCCGUGACCUGACCUCAGAUCUUUGUCUCUAAAUCUGAAUAAAGACUGUGUUUUCUGUU